CAAGGUCUACAGCCGCAGAUCCCCUCCAUUGCAUCUUUCGCUCAGAGACAAGGUGUGUUCGAGCUUUCUCGUAAUGUUACAAUCGUCAUCGAUGGCGAAUACGGUCUGGAGGGCUCACCUUCAGCCUUGACCUUCGCUGAGACGUUCCGCACGGAUCUCACAAGCGUCGCUGGCUAUGAUUACAUUGCUCCUGUGGUAGUAGGUACACAUUCAUCGGGGACUGCAUCUUUCCCUGUGAUCUACCUCGUUGUCGACCCCACGCUACAGUUCUCCCUAUACAACGUUAGGGCCGCGGCACCUAUUGGCGUGUGGUGGGGAGCUGUGACUAUGUUACAACAGGUCGCCCUUGCAAGUAAUGACGGUACCAUCGCAAUUCCCACUGGAUCUGGGACAGAUUCUCCUGGGUGGGAGAUUCGCGGCUUCAUGCUGGAUGCCGGCAGGCAUUGGUUCGACACUCAGUUCCUUACGGAAUUAUGCAUCGAUGCAUCCUUUUUCAAGAUCAAUGAGUUCCACGUCCAUGCAUCAGACAACCUCUAUAAUCCCGACUUCUUGUACGGCACAGGCUGGAAGGAGCUCUAUGCAGCCUUUCGUUUCCAGCCUCCACCGGGCUCUCCUAUCGACGGCCUAGUUCCCAGACGGAAUGAGAGCUGGCCUCAGGCCGAGUUUCUCGCCUUCCAGGAGACUUGCACGAACCAUGGAGUCACCGUUAUCCCCGAAAUAGACACUCCCGGGCAUUCACUUGUGAUCACACAGUGGAAACCAGAGCUGAUGCUCAGUGGUCAACCCGAUCUUUUAAAUACGUCCUAUCCGGAGACAAUUCCUACUGUCAAGUCCAUAUGGCAGCAAUUCCUCCCGUGGUUCAGCUCGCCCGAGGUAUCUAUCGGCGCGGGUGAAUAUAACUCCUCGCUUGGCGACGAAUACAUUUCGUUUGUGAACGAGAUUCCUAGCACGACCGAGUCCGUCUCCAAAAAUAUCACUAUCCAGCACUGGUACUUCCCGGAUGCAGAUAUUCCCGUCCAACUUCUGGCAGAAGGAUACCAUGUCAUCAACUCCGAACAGUACUUCCUCUACCUAGACGGCAAAUACUCCGAUGAGAAUAACUACCCAUACACGCUCAACCUCACACGCAUGUUUGGCGGCGCUCCGGACGGCAGUGGAUGGGCACCCAACAUUUUUUCCCCUCUCGACCCGACAAACAAUACAACACCCGAUAACCCCCUGCUGCGCGGGGCGAUCAUGGCGUUGUGGUCAGACUGGGGAAACAACGCCACUACCGACCUCGAGGACUACUACCAGCUCGCCAACAGCCUCGCUGUCGUAGGCGAGAAGACCUGGGCUAGAUUCGGCGUGCGCUCCUCAGAGCUCACGCGCGAGCAGUUUGAAGCAGCGUACCCUAUCCUGAAUGCAGCCGCACCAGGCCAGAACCUGAAUCGCGUCGUCAAGCCGGAAGACGGCAACGUUGUGUACGAGUAUCCGUCGACGUACGCAGGUAUGAUAACACCAUAUGCUUCUGUCGGUCCGCCCUACACCCUCAAAUUCAGCGUUCGGCCUCAUCCACAGUCCCCUCUGAGCGGCAUUCUAUUCGCGGGAGAAGACUCGAAGCUUCAUGCUGCGAAUCUCACAUUCGAAGCUACAGGCCAGCUGUAUCCGCUAGGAUACAUAUUGCCUUCAGAUGCCUUUACGACCGUGGAGAUUCAUGCCACAAGGGAUUACACGUACGCCAUCAUUAACGGCGACAAGGAGACUCCGUGA